AUGCCCGGCCCAAUCUCGAAGAAACGCAAGGUCGAGGAUGGAAUGAAAGGAAAAGUCUCGCGACCUGUCAAGAAAUUCAAGAAGCAAACCGAUUACUACAGUUCUUCAGACGAAGAAGAAACGACCAGCCAAGAUUUCAAAGCAGUAAAUCUGCAAGAGUCGGAUGAGGAAGACGCCAAUGUCACAGACUUGGUCGCAGCAGAGGCGGAGGACAACGAUGAGUCUCCGAUUGAAGACGAUGUCGAAGAAGUCACGGAUGCCUCAAAUUCGAAUUCGGAGUCUGGCUCAGAGGAGGAGGAUGAGGACGAUGACAACCCAAACCUAAUACGAAAACGAAAGCGCAAUGACCCCGAAGCAUUUGCGACCUCGAUGUCGAAGAUUCUGGGCUCCAAAUUGUCUACGUCGAAGCGCAGCGAUCCAGUGCUUUCGCGCAGUGCGACCGCUAUACAAGCAAGCAAAGAGAUCACGGAUUUGGCAUUGGAGAAGAAGGCACGGCAUAAGAUGAGGGCAGAGAAAAGGGAAGCGUUAGAGAAAGGCAGAGUCAAGGAUGUAUUAGGUGCUAGUACAGCAUUUGAUGCUGCCAAUGGGAGAGGAGAGGGGCCAAGUGUGCAAGAGACAAUGGAAUUGGAGAAGAGAUUAAGAAAGACUGCGCAAAGAGGUGUUGUCAAGCUCUUCAAUGCUGUCAGAGCAGCGCAGAUCAAGGGAGAGGAAGCCGCUCGAGGUGCUCGAGAAACAGGGUUGGUGGGACAGGGAAGACGUGAAGAGAGAGUCAAUGAGAUGAGCAAGAAGGGAUUCUUGGAUCUGAUUGCUGGCGGUGGUGGCUCCUUGAAGGCUGGCGCUAUAGAGGAAGCAUGA